UAGGAUUCGCCGCCGCAUAGUAACGCAACAUUAAAAAAAGAGCAAGCACGCCUAACUUCGGAACCCACCAAGAGACAGCUGCACUGAACAAAACAAAUUUAAAUUACGAUAUUCCGUUUCAAGCAGAGGAGAAGGGACACACAGUUCACACAAUAAUAACAUCUUCAUUCGUUUACCCACUUUUCUUUACGACCUUAUUCCUUCGAUUCUGUCUUAGAAUGACGAAUUCACUAUCUCCCUGAAACCAUGACUGUGAGGGACAGUCAUCAUCAUUGAGCCUUACCCAGAACUAAAAAAGCAAUCUUUAUCACAUAUCACAAUUCACAAAGCUUCUGUGGUUGAUGGGUAGAAGGGGAAUCCAACUGUUUGAUGAGAAAAGAGAUGUUUUUUUCUCUGUCUGCAAUUUGGGGUUUGAAUCCAAGGAUGGCUACCAUCAAUUCGGAGGUUUGUUUGCCAGUGUUGGUCAAAUGGGAAUGGGGGUUGGCGUGCAACCUAACGACCCUUCUGACUCGCGUAACAAUGGUGGCAUGAAAUUUCCCUUAAACGAAUUGUUCCUCAAGCAUGUUCAAUCUCAGGGGAAGGAAGAGGCUGUUGAGGAAGGAGUUAAGGGGAAGAAGAAUAAAAAGGGUGGUGGUGUUUCACUCAAGCUUAAGAUCAGGAACCCUUCACUGAGGAGGUUGUUUAGUGGGGCAGUUGCCGGGACCGUGUCUCGGACCGCCGUGGCGCCUUUGGAGACUAUAAGGACUCUCUUGAUGGUGGGGAGUAGUGGCCAUUCCACCACUGAGGUGUUCAACAAUAUUAUGAAAACUGAUGGCUGGAAGGGAUUGUUUAGGGGUAAUUUUGUUAAUGUCAUUCGGGUUGCGCCUAGCAAGGCCAUUGAGCUAUUUGCUUUUGAUACAGUAAACAAGAACCUAUCCCCAAAGCCUGGGGAGCAGUCCAAAAUCCCAAUUCCUGCCUCAUUGAUUGCAGGUGCCUGUGCUGGAGUCAGUUCCACUAUAUGUACAUAUCCACUUGAAUUAGUCAAGACUCGACUAACUGUCCAGAGCGAUGUUUAUCAUGGUCUGCUUCAUGCAUUCGUGAAAAUAAUUCGAGAAGAGGGUCCUGCUCAACUUUAUAGAGGCCUCGCAGCUAGUCUUAUUGGAGUUGUCCCAUAUGCUGCUACCAAUUACUAUGCCUACGACACUUUAAGGAAAGCAUACCAGAAAUUUUCUAAACAAAAGAAGGUCGGCAACAUUGAAACCCUUUUGAUUGGUUCAGCAGCUGGUGCUUUUUCAAGUAGUGCAACUUUUCCACUUGAGGUGGCUCGCAAGCAGAUGCAACUUGGAGCUCUCAGUGGAAGGCAGGUAUACAAGGAUGUGUUUCAUGCCCUUGCAUGCAUAUUUGAACAAGAAGGGUUCCAUGGUUUAUAUAGAGGGCUGGCACCUAGUUGCAUGAAGUUGGUACCAGCUGCUGGAAUCUCUUUCAUGUGCUACGAAGCAUGCAAGAGGAUAUUGCUAGAAAACGAUGAGGAGGAUUAGGACGAGUCAAAGAAGAAAAUACUUUGUUUCGGUUUAGUCAAGAAACAGAACUGCAUACUAUGUUUAUGCAUAAUCGAAUAACUUAUUUUGGAUUUCUCUUAUAUUACCUCAAAUCACAUUUAUAAGCAAUUGAGAAUGGAAUAUUGGUUUUGUCCUUUUUAUGUUAAGCAUUUUGGUUUUGUCUCUUGGCUUAACUGCUCAUCUUCAUGGUCAAAAUCAACUAUUGUUGUAAUCCUAUUCUUGUCAAAUUAACGGAAUACAAAUCACUGAUUAUUGGCCUAUUUAAA